GGAAUUUAGGAACAAGUAAAAUUUAAAACAUUCAUUAAUCAAUGCAAACUAAACUGCGUUGAUAGUUCAAAUUUUAAAAUUUAUUUGCAUUUUAAUUAUUCAAGGAACUUAGUGAUCCAAGUGAUGGUUUAAAUUUGUUAGUGCUUUUAUUAGUAAUUUAAUCAAUAAGAGUCAUAGAUUUUGGAGGUUGCAUAGAAACAAUUGUUUAUUCAUCCAAUGGAGCCCUACAAAGGGGACAGAUCUAAUUAAAUAAUUUAAUUACUUUUAUUUUUUCAAUCCAAAGCUUUAAGCAUUUAGCAUGAUACAAAUGUUUACAGUAUGUGAUUUUAACAUUAUUUAAUA